AUGGAUGAGAUUGCAAAGGAGUACGAUGUCAUUGUGCUGGGCACUGGCUUGACCGAAUGCAUUCUCUCUGGUGUGCUGAGCGUCAAGGGCAAGAAGGUCCUACAUAUUGACCGCAACGACCACUAUGGCGGUGAAGCCGCGUCGGUGAACCUCGAGACGCUCUUCAAGAAGUAUGGAAACUUCAAGGCUGGCGAGGAGCCGUGGACGAAAUACGGCCGACUCAACGACUGGAACAUUGACCUUGUUCCCAAGUUCCUCAUGUCUUCUGGAGAGUUGACCAACAUUCUCGUCUCCACUGAUGUUACCCGAUAUCUCGAGUUCAAGCAGGUUGCCGGCAGCUACGUUCAGCAAGGUGCUGUCAACAAAGCCACUGUUGCCAAGGUACCCUCUGAUGCUGGUGAAGCUCUCAAGUCCCCUCUCAUGGGCAUCUUUGAGAAGCGACGCAUGAAGUCCUUCAUUGAGUGGGUUGGCACCUUCAAUCUCAAGGACCCAGCUACUCACAAGGGAUUGGACUUCAAUACCUGUACUAUGAAGGAGGUCUAUGAUAAGUUCGGUCUCGAGACUACCACCAAGGACUUCAUCGGACACGCCAUGGCUUUGUACCUUACCGAUGACUACAUCACUGCCAAGGGACAGGCGCCCGAGGCUAUUGAGCGAAUUCGUCUGUAUGGCAACUCCGUUGCUAGAUACGGAAAGUCUCCUUACAUUUACCCUCUCUACGGUCUUGGCGAACUGCCUCAGGGCUUCGCUCGCCUCUCGGCCAUCUACGGCGGCACUUACAUGCUCAACACCAAUGUGGACGAGCUGCUUUACGAUGGCGACAAGGCUUCUGGUAUCAAGGCUACCAUGAAGACUGGUGCUGAGGACAUGAAGUUUGAGACCAAGGCCAAGUUGAUUCUCGGCGACCCAUCAUACUUCCCCAACAAGACCAAGAUUGUUGGCCAUGUCCUGCGAGCUAUCUGCAUUCUCAAGCACCCCUUGGCCGGAACCAACGACAGCGACUCAGCUCAGUUGAUUAUUCCCCAGUCCCAAGUUGGUCGCAAGAAUGACAUCUACAUUGCUUGCGUGUCAUCGGCCCACAAUGUCUGCCCCAAGGGCUACUGGAUCGCCAUCGUGUCUACCAUUGCCGAGACAUCUGCCAACCACCACCUCGAGCUGCAGCCUGGUCUAGAGCGCUUGGGCAAGAUUGAAGAGCAAUUCAUGGCAAUAAUUUCCCAGGGCCCGCCGAUCCCCAUCUAUGAACCCCUUGAAGAUGGCAAGAAAGACAACCUCUUCAUCUCCAAGAGCUAUGAUGCAACUAGCCACUUUGAGACGACAACCGACGACGUCAAGGACAUUUAUCGCCGCUGCGCCGGCGAGGAGCUUAAGGUUGAGGGCCUGAGAGAGGGCCUCAGUGUUGCCGCCGAAGAGUAG